ACCUGGCGAAGGCAAUAGAAAACUUCAAUCAACGAUUAAUAUCUUAUUUUAAAUAAUUUGAUUCACCUUAAGUUACAAGAAUAUUAAUAUAAUAAAAAAAAUAUAAUACCUAAUAAUUUAUGUGGUUUUUCUUCUAAAUAAAAACAAUAUUUCAUAUUAAACAAACUACAAUUUAAAAAGGAGAGUAUCAAGCUACUUCCUCUUUCCAUUACUUUUUUGAGAAAGCGGAAGUGGUUGGUCCGCCAUCAUAAUCACUCGUGUGGGUCUGUGCUUGUGUGGUUUGGGUGUCUUUACCGGUGCCAACCUUUAUUUUUAAUUAGUAGUAAGGUAUGCGUAUGAAUCCAGACAUGGACGAUGAUGAGAAGGGAAAACUAUUUGUUGGAGGACUAUCAUGGGAAACAUCCCAAGAGAACUUGCAACGCUAUUUCUCACGUUAUGGCGAAGUGAUCGACUGUGUCGUCAUGAAGAAUAGCGAGUCAGGACGUUCGAGGGGCUUUGGUUUCGUGACAUUUGCUGAUCCUUCACUGGUCAACCUCGUGCUACAGAAUGGACCUCAUCAACUUGAUGGCAGGACCAUCGACCCUAAGCCGUGCAAUCCUCGCACUCUUCAAAAACCGAAACGUGGCGGUGGAUACCCUAAGGUGUUCCUUGGCGGGCUGCCAUCGAACGUUACCGAAACCGAUCUCAGGGUAUUUUUCGGACGCUAUGGGAAGGUCAUGGAGGUGGUCAUUAUGUAUGAUCAAGAGAAGAAAAAGUCUAGGGGUUUUGGAUUCUUGUCUUUCGAGGAUGAAAUUUCUGUUGAGAGAGUGACCCAAGAACACUUCAUUAACCUCAACGGGAAGCAGGUUGAGAUAAAGCGCGCUGAGCCUCGAGACGGGUCUGGCAAGCUCGGGUCGGGAGGCGGCGGCAUGGGCGGCGGCGCCAUGAACGCGCCCGGGGACGCGCCCGCCGCCGGCCAGUGGGGGCCGCCCGCCGCGCCCAUGAACAUGAUACAGGGACACAACGGACAGAUGGGAGGCCCGCCCAUCAACAUGCCCAUGGCAGGCCCUAACAUCAUGCAAGGGUACCAGGGCUGGGGCACGUCGCCGGGGCAGACGUCGUACGCGGGGUACGGCGCGGCGGGCGCGGGCGCGGGGCCCGGCAACUACCAGGGCUGGGGCGCGCCGCCCGCCCCGCAGGCGCCGCCGCACGCGCCCGCCUGGCCCGCCACCAACAACUACACGCAGCACGCGCAGCCGCCCGCGCAGUCCUACGGCAGCUACGCGAACUAUAGCUCCGGGCCGGCGGGCGCCUCGGCCGGCGGCAGCUGGACCAACUGGAAUAUGCCCCAGAACUCUAACUCUACUGGUUCUGGGUCGUACGUGCCGCUGUCUGAGGGCGGCGAGAUGUACGGGCGCGGUGGCGGCGCGGCGGCGGGUGGUGCGCCCCUCACCACGCCGCUCUCCUCGGCCGCGCUCUCCAAGUCCUCCUCCGCCGACUACUCCGCCUACCAGCAGUACCCGCCCGCCUACCAGCAGGACCAGUUGGUCGAUCAGGGCCCACAAGAGUGGCUCCUCCAGAAAGACAAUUAGAGAUAAGGGCGGGUAUCGGAUGAGGGGAUGUCGCGAUACGCUGGGGAUUUCUCACUAUGGACUGUUCCAUUGUCGCGACGAUAGAGCGCGCUCAUCAAAAAGGCAUCGCACCGCACUAGAUAUAAGCUUACCCUUAGUUCGCGUCGCGCCAUGUUGUAGCCGCGAGAGAUGAACCGCUCGCAUUGUUUCAUCUCGAGCACUUGUGUAAAUUGGCAUUUAAAGUACAAAUUAGUAAAAUUUGGAUUUUUCAUAUUGUUACAGGUUCAUAAUAGUUAACUUUAUCUAUAAAAAAAUAUAAUUAAGAGCUGUACUUUAAGUGUUCAGAGAUGAAAUUUAUUCCUUCGAAUGUAAUCCAGAGUACAUUAUUUACAAAAUUGUGUUAUAAUUAAAUAUUGUUGAGAGGAACAAAUGAGGGUUCGCACCGAACGUGAGUCCGUGCACACUUCAGUGCAGCCCUAUUUAGUUCCUGCAGGCGCGUUGACUUCGAGUGUUUGGCUUUAAGAGUUUAUAUGUUAUAUCCCGCACGCCCGACCUUAACCAUAUCGUAGAACCGUCGGGUUUUUGUGAACGCUUCUCCCGUUAUAUUUAGAAGCAUAGAGAUGCCUUAACUAGUACACGUAUCAUUGUUGUUGGAACCUCGAAGUCGACUCGUCUGAACCCUCGCGGUGGGCACUUGAAAGUACAUGAACAGAUCACCUCUUAGUAUUGUAACAUUUGUUUGAUCAGUUAAGCCGCGCGUCUAUUUCGACACAAAGCAAUAAUGUUACACUACAGAAUGAUGAGACGAUCCCGAUCAACUAACUAGACGGGCAUUUGCGGCCGUCACUGAUUAACUCCCGCCUCGGGUGACCGCGACCACUCGCUGUAACUAAAUGUGUUGUUUGGUCGGCAAAAGCCCGCUAGUCCUCAUUGCGUAGGCGGCGAUGCUGAUUUACGAAUGACGCCAUGUAUUCACUGAGAAAUGCGUAUAAACAUUAUAUACAUUAUUUAAUAAACGGUACAUAAUAUCGAUCAAACAAGCUCGCUAACAAGUGAGUGGACCGUGAAUACACGACGUAAAGUAUCGCCGCCCGCGUGUCGCCACGGUCGCUCGGCCCCGUGUACGGUGUGGUGUGUGGUGUCAGGGGUCGUCGUACGGCGGCGGCGCGUCCCGCUACGGCGGCGAGUACCAGCAGCCCGCCGCGCAGCCGCCAGGUGUGCACGCGCAUCCGCAUCACGCGCCCAAACACUUCAACAACGAGUUUAACAAGGAGUGGCCCGCCGCAUAAACACAUCACACGCCCGCACACACCGCCCGCGCACGCACAGUGCCCGCGCACUGCCCCCGCCCCACCCCCGCCCUGCCCCCGCCCUACCGACUAGCCCCACACCGCACACAGCCGCACAGGUAAGGGAGAGCUGUGUGCCGUGACCGGGCGCCCCCCCGACGUGCCCCCCCCACCCAUAGCAAUACGAGAAAUAUUAGCUAAAAUGUUCGUGUUUAUAUAAAAGUAUUGAUGUUGUAAAACGCAGUUUUGUACAUGAAACGUAGUUAAAAGAAUUGAAGAAAAUAUUAAUUUUAAGAUCGCAUUUAUGACGAUGCAAAAUAAAUGGACAUACAAAAUAUAGACUUACAAAAAAUAUAAAUAUUGCCCUUCGAGAACGUGGUAAAGACCGACUGCAUUGACACAAACCCACACGCUGUUAACGUUUAUCGUAAGCAUAUUAAAAUAAUUAAAUUAAAUAAUUUUUUUAGAAGUUAAUUCGUUCGUCUCUUAAUUCGAUAAGUAAAUAAUGUAUUUAUCUCUUCUCUGAACGCUGGCGAAGUAAAUGAUAUUAUAGUUGUUUUGGAUUUGAGCUCGUCGUGAGAACAUCGGCGCAGGAGAAUGAUAUUACUCGGCUCUGUCGCGACCCCCGGCCCGCCCGGACGACGCGUGCUCGUGUACAACGAACGUACACUCUCUUUUUAUUCACUUUGCUUUUAUUAUUCUUAUAUGGAUGUGGGCUUUUUUUUCGUAGAUAUUUUUCUUUAGUUUUCAUGUUUCGAAUGUUUUUAUUUUCUCUCUCCACUAGUGGAGGAUUAGUUUGUGAAUUGAUUUCUUUUAAUGACGCCGGGCUGCCCGCGCCCCGGGUCCGCCCCGGCGCCCCGCGACGGACGCAUUUGACAGACAAUGUUAAACAAGGCCAAUUUUAGGGGAAAGAAGUCACCUAAAGAACUUAACUUAAGCUAAUGACUUGUAUAAAUAUUUCGUAUAUAUAUCGGUAUGUAUGUUUAAUAUUAGAGUUUUGGUUGUUUACCACCCACUAGACUUAGGAAAACGGUAGGUUUUUAAUGAAAUAAUUGUGUUAUAAUAAAUAUUUAACGAAACAUAGUAUGACUGAUCGUGUUGUAAUAAUUUUAAUUUUGUCCCGUUUUUUAAAGAAAAGGGAACGUACUGUAUAAAUAGUAAUUUUAAUAAUUUUUUCUAAUACGCAUUUUUAGUUUAUCGCAGUUUAUAUAUAUAUAAUUUUUUGUUCGUUUAAGUUGAUAAUAAAAUUAAUACGUUAUAAAUUAAAUAUACCUGCCAAAUUGUUAACGAGUAAGCGAUAAUAUCGUUAAAAGAAGCUCAAGCAUUUAGAUAUAGAAGGGCCGAGCCGUAUCCUCAGCUCGGGCACCCCUCGCGUGGACCGCGUGUAAAUAGGUCAUAAUAUUAAUGGAUUCUCUCGCCACAGGUAGAAUCAAAGGGUCUGUUUGGUUCCCGCGACUCGUAGUCUUCCCUGGCCGCGCUCAUUUAAACGUAUGCGAUAAACACACUGGCAAUUUUAGGGAAUUAAAUUAGCGUUUUUAGUUUCAUGUUAAAAAAUAAUCGUAACUAUAGAGGUCGGAAUAUUUGCCCCCAAUCGCGUGUAGUUUGAGGGCGCGUACGUCGCGUCUCUCCCAACCUGUCCGAUACGAAGUGAGGUUAUAAUUUAAAAUAACAAUGUUAGAUUAAAUUUAAUGUUAGUCCUUUACUGUGUACUAUAUCGCUCAAUCGUUUGACCGAUCGACUGAUUAAAAUUUUAGUGUUUAAGCUAAGUAAUUAAUCUCGGACAGCGGGAGGGAUCGAGGCUGCAGCGGACGCGCCCGGUUUAAGCGCGCUAGAUAUAUUUGUUAUAAAACGUUCUUACAUUGCAUACGAAAAAUUGAUUGAUGAUUACAUUCAAUGCAUAAUUAACGGUUUAGAUUAGGAUUAUUUAAGAUCGCUCCAUAAGUAAAUUAUAAUUUGUUGUAUCCAUUGAGGAACAUAGUGAAGUCUGUAAGCAAAUUUUAUUUAAGGGGUCCGCGGCGAGGGGUGCCGCGUCCCGUGUUAACGAUAAAAAUAGUGAAAAUGAGAAUGCCUUUAACAUUGUGAUGUUCAUAGUUAACUGAUAAUUGGAUACAUUUCUAAUAGUUAUAUUUGUAACAGUUCGGAUUGCGCGUACAGUUAUAUAGGAAGUUGAAACUCGUACAUUUAAGUAACAAUGAUCGUCUUAAUAACGUCGGCGCGUCUUAGGUUAGGUUGUCUCGAUUCAUUCCUCUCGCGUUCCUUUAGUCUGCAAUCUCUCGACCUCCUUCCUUGGUUCGUUUACGAUUUCUAUGUUUAAAUAGUAUUCGACUCGCCGAGCAUAGGUUUAACGUACAACCACCGAUAGCGAACGAAUGAAACCGUUCGAAUCUGUUUGUUAAUGUUAGGAAAAGUUGCCUUACAAAAAAAAAAAAAAAUAAGUGAAUAUAUAGAUGAUUUAUAAAUUGUGUUAUUUUCAGUGAUAAUGAUUAGCACUAAGGUGUAUUAGGGCCAGAAAGGGGUUCCUUCGACCACAACUACGGAACAAUUAAGAACUUAGUUUGUAAUUAACAAAUGUGGCAAUCAAUCUAAUUAAAAUAAAAGAGUAUAAUUUAUUUAAAUAAAGAUAUAAAAGAUAUGUAUUAGAAGUUUUUAGAUUUACUCAAAUGAUUAACUUAGUGCAAAUUAUCGUGAAGAAGAAAUUUUAAUAAUCAAUUGAUACUAUUUAUAUGGGUUUUUAAUUAUUAUUAUUAUUAUUAUAUAGGAAGAGAACGUUAAUGAAAAAAAAAAUUAAAAUAUCGAUGAAUUUAUUAAUUAAACAUAGUUAGCAAAAUACAAAAUACGGUAAGACUCUUUAGAGGCUAGUCUGUCAAAUGUGUCCAGCGCCGCGCAGCCGGCACCCAGCCCUUGGAUAUAAUGUCGACAUAAGAUAAAUAUUACUUGUAUCUUAAAGUUUUAAUGUUUAUCGAGUAAAGAAAAAAAAAAAAAGUUUAUUAAUAUAAUAUUUUUAAAUCAUGGCUUAACUGUAGUGAUGUUGUGUAGUUAACAUUUUCGACUCCUGUUUGUGUAUCAAUCACUAAAUGAUAUUUACGAAUAGUGUACGCGGUUUUUAUAUGUGUAUGUUUAUUCAGUAGCUAUUUAUAAAAUAUGGUAAACGUGUUUGUGUACCGCGGUGCGAUCGAGAACCGCCUCCGCACGCGCGCUGCUUUCAUUAAUAUAUUUACGAUCGUAAUUGACUAAUUAUACAAGAUCCUUAGUGUUACAUUUAGACUAGCGGUCGGAUUCUCUUUAAGUUCCCUAUAUUUACUACUACUACUACUACUAUACUAUCAUAUUACUACUACUACUACUACUACUACUCGUCUUGUAAAAUUAAAAUAUUUUGCAUUUAAAAGUGUACACGACCCACGGUCAAUUUACUUGUAGUCUUUUCGAAAGUUAUUUUUAAAAUCAAUGCAGGUAUUAUAAAAUAAAUAACCUCAUAUUUAUACUAGAAUUUAAUAUUAAAUAUAAUUAUUGAUAUCCAUUGUGUCGUAAAAUUAAUUGCACGGGCUUUACAGUUAAUUAUAACAUUAAUUAUUAUUAAAAAAAAAAUACCUAGGGCAAGUUGUUAUUUAUUUCUGUUUUAAUUAAAAUUGAUGUUGAUUAAUUUUAAUCUAUAUAAUUUUUUAAUAGUGGAUUAAAGUACAUAAUUCUCGAUUGAAUUAGAAUACAAAAUUUGUUAGGUGAGCUAUUGACUGAUGUACAAUAUUAAAGUAAUGUUUAAUUACGGCAGUAUAUAAGUUGUGCGCCGCCGGCACGGACGCGCCAUUGUAUUUAACAAUAUUUUGUAUUAAUUUUUUUUUAAAUGUAAUUAAUUGGAAGCGGCGACCGCGACCGAGUCACAUAAGCAAGUUACGAUUGUAAGACUAUUUAUCUAGUAGAGAUUUGUUAAUAAUGUGUAAAAAAAAAACUAAUUACUUAGCCCUAACGAGUACAGAUCGCGUGAAGCCUUUAGAGGUCCGCGGCGGGCGCGUGCGGCGCCGCGACGCGCCCGCCGCCGACGAAUAAGUUACUUUAUGUUCGUUAUAUUAAAGCUGAAAAUUAUGAUAGACAUACACGAGCGUCCUUGUUAUUUCAUUAAUACGAUUACCUAAUGAUAAUUAGUUAAUUACGGUUAAUAAAUUAUUAAUUUUAACCGAAGCACUUAUAUAAAUAAGACGAGAAUAGCUUUUUUUUAUGUAAGCGAAAAGUUGUUUGAUGUAAUAAAAUUAAACUGCUAACUUACAACAUAUAAUAACACUGAGGUCUUUUGAAGUAGUAACUAUGCAUUAUUUCAUAUUAGGUAUUUUGGGUAUAUUUUAGUGUUAGACUUAACUGGUAACAUUAAGUAAGGUAGUUUGUAAAUGUAACGGAAACAUAAAGCAGUUUGUCGUAGUUUCUUACUAUUAAGCUUCUUCUAUUUUAAUGGAUUAAGUAACACUACUGGUUGAUUAAUUAAAAAGAAUAUUUAAUUAAUACCACUGCAAAUAUUUGAUAUAUCUUAUGAUGAAAUAUAUAUAUAUAUAUAUAUCUACUCGUAAGGACAUUAUAAAACGUAGAUAAUUAAAAGAAAUCAAAAAUAUUAAAAAAGUA